AUGGACGUCAGCAGUGGCGGUGACGGCAUCGGCGUUCCCAAGGAUUCGGCUGUGGUGGUUAUGGAAGACGUGCCGUUCAUAUCGGAGCCGCACAUGCACCGCGCCGCCCUCGCCAUUAUCGCCCUCGGCGGAACCUCAGCCUUCGCGCUCAGCCUCGCCGCGCAGUUCACACGGAUAUCGACGUAUUCGAUUCUAACAAAUCCCUGGGGCGCGCUGUACUGCAGCUACCCUCCCUCCGUCGCCACGUGGCUCGCCGUUGCCGCCAUCUUCGUUCUGCUCUUCACCGAGGCGUUCACUCUGCUGACGGGCGGGUUCACGUGGGCUCGGCCGCUGUUCACACGCCACGUGGGGCGCGGGGAGAUGGCACCCACUGUGGGCCGCCGCUCCCACCUGCAGCUCGCCCUGCUGGUGUUCAACAUGUCAGUCGCGGGGGGAGGUGGAGGGGGAGGGGAGAAGGGGGAUUGCUGGGAGGACGGGUGGUUUGAGGAUGCUUUGUGGAGGUCAGCUCCCGUCCUCUCCUUCUUCUAUUGCCGAAGUUGGGUUUCCCCACGCUGCCUGUCUAUCUCCUUCCUCGUGGCUUUCUUGCAUCCCUACCUCUCAUCACUCCCCAUCCCAGCAUGCAUCCACUCCUGCCCCCCUCCUCGGCCGCCCUUCUCCCUCUCAAUCGCAUGUCUCUUUUCCCCUUCCAACCAGCCUCCCCCCCGCGCUCUUCCCCCGUCUCCGCCUUUUCCCAUCAUCCCAUUCCCCCUCACGGCCACACAUCUACAUCCGCACGCCCUCCCAUCCCACCCUCCCUGCAGCCUCUUCUUCCUUGCAUCCGAAGGGCUCCUGAUCGCAGCGGCCGUGGAGAACUCGUUCCACAUCUCCUCUGUACCGUACUCCACCGACAUCAACACCAUCAUGUACUGCAGCACCGUCAAUGAGGCCGUCUUCAUCUCUGCAGCUGUGUUUGCUGCGUUCUCCGCCGUUCUCAUGGUUGCUUAUUACAUUCUGGCGAUCAAGGCGAGCCAGGACACGUGGCUGCGGCACUAUGAGCCCGCGCCUAUGGUGGUCGAUAUGGAGGCGUUUGGCCGGGACGCUGCGCGGACCACUGUUGCGAGUAUUCACGGGGAGAACGUGGGGGGAGGGAGGAGCGGGAGGAAGGGUGGGAGGAAGGGGGGGAAGUCGGGGAAGGGCGGGAGGAAGAAGGAGAGUGGGAGUGGGGAGGGUGGUGCGGAGGCGGCCGGUGGGGAUGGUGGUGAAGUGUCGGUGCGCCGUGUGGCGUUUGCAACACCGCCGGCGAACUGA